AUGAAUUGUUUUCAAAAAGAUUCGGAUUGACAGUGAUCCUUGUUAUUUAGAUUUUGUCUUUGCGGUGGAAACAUGGUUUAUAGGAAAUAAGUGAAGCAAACGUGGUAGUUGACGUGAAUAAAGUAUUCGGUUAAGUUGAUUUGGUUAUAAAAUGAAAGAUAUAGCAAUGGAUACCCAAAAAACGACGAGUCGAACAAGCUUGCUGAAUCUUAUGUUAUUGAAAGCCUGGCGUGAACGCUGGACAGAUUCGCAAUGGGGAAUCAAUAUAAAAACAGUUCUACCUCGAGGAGUUAGUGGUGAUGUGUAUAAUCUUGCUGAUUGCAUCCUUCAACAGGCACUCAUUGGAUCUUGUGCUAAUCCGCUUGUUCUAUCAUAUCUCCGGCAUUCGCUAUGUGCCCAUCUAAUAUCCCACGCAGCUGUGUUGAAACGGAUUUCAAAAUACGAAUCCUACGAAAAAGUGUAUUGUGUUACAGCCCUUCUUGAUUUCCUCGAUGCAAUUAUGGAUGGCGUGACUUGCCGUGGGAAACCAGAAGAGAGUGUUCUACCGAACGCUAUUGUUUCACUAGUUUACUGGUUGAUUAAUAUUUUCUCCACGACACUUCAGAAAUAUGAAAUUAAUGGGCAAUUGAAUACAGAACAACAACACAUGCUUGACAAAAUGGCGGAAGUCGUUGAGAAAAUCGCGAAAAAUGAUUUUCUCCUCGGAAUUUUGUAUAUUGGAAAACAGGAAGAUCCUGAAUUAUGUAAACAGAUAACUACGAAAUAUUGUGAAGUUAAGAAUACUUUGGCCAAUACAAAUUACGUGCCAAAGAGCAGCACUAUCUGUGACUUACUGCAAUAUUUGGCCUAUAUCAACAUUGAUCAGCUAGAAAUGGUGGAGCUGGACUCAAAUAACGUAGAAACUACCACAUUCUGCAUACAACCUUUAUUGGCUGUUGAAGUAAUACUAAACCCAAUAAAUGAAACACAAAACUAUGUGUCGGAAUUGUUGACAGUUCAAAGGCUGAAACACUAUUCCAAUGUGAGGCUUUAUUUUGAAAUAAUGCGAGCCGGGUUGCUAUCCUUGACUGAUGUGAUCGAAAUUACUUAUGAUACUAUGUGGGUGACAUUCACAUUUAUCAAAGUCCCGCAUAUUUUCAAGCAAAUACAUGCGAUGACGCAAGGAGAGAAGGAUCUCUCCCACGAAAUUCCAGAUGUUAUAUCAGCCCUUGAGAUGCUUUUGGAAGAUUCAUCGAUUUUGGACUUUGUUGAUGCUAAAUGUGCAUGCAAUACUGUUGAGUAUAUGUUGAAUGAUUGGGCUAAACAAAAUAUAGUAGAUGAGAAACAUGUGAAGAAAUACGCAGCUGUAAGAGAACCCAUAUCGCAACUAUUGCAAAAACAGGAAGCAGUUAAUCAAUUCUCAAUUAUAAAUUUCGUUAUAAGAGCCGAAGUUCCGAUGUCAGGAAUACUGAAGACUUUGAGCUCUGAAUAUAGUAAAGUACAAGAUCACCUCAUCAAAAUGUUAUGCCAAGUUUUAGUUGGAAAUAGCUUCGAUUUGAUUUUAUCCGUUGCUGCAGUAGAAGGAAAGUUGGGAACAUUCGUAUCUCAAUUAAUACAAUGUAACGAAAAAUCACAACAAGUUCCAGGGGAAGUAGGAUUGCCUGCAAUGAGUCGUCAAAUCUUGUUUGAUGUCUCAUUCCUCAUGUUAGUGUAUAUUGUUCAGACAUAUGGCUCAGAGGUUGUGCUUUCAGAAAACGGCGAUACUUUCAUCGAAAAAUGGAUUCGCGAUUGCAUGUUCCAGAAGAAUAAGAGAAAAUCUCCAAAGAGUAUAGUCCAGUCGUGCGAUGAAAGUAUUGUGGAUGAACUGCUCAUGACUUUGAGUAAACCGGAUGGACAAAUGAAAUCUAGCUCACUCACGUGGCAAGCCAUUUGCAUGAACUUGCCAGGCGUGCUAUACCAAGUGCUUAUAGCAUGGGAGAACGAUACAAUCUCAGCAACGGAUGUUAAAAUAAUUCUUGAAAACAUCAAACGGCGACCAUUCUCUUUCUCUGUGUGUGCAGCUUCAUAUCUCUGUGCGUAUAUGCAAACAGUACGGGAGGAUGAACUACUAAAACCGUUGAAUAUGAUUCAACAGUUCUUAACUACAUUGAAUCCUGAUGAAAUGACACCUCAAGAGCAUGUAAAAGAGCGAUAUGUACUCUCAAUUCAAAUUAUCAGAAAAAUGCAGCAAAACGCAGGCAAAUCACAGAUUCGCAAUGCACAUAAUUUAGUAUCACAUUCACCACUCGAGGAUCAGUUUCGAGAAGUUUGGAAAAAAGUGACGGAAUGUGGUUUUCUGCCAAUUAAAGGUGCACAGGUUCUGUAUAGUCUGUUACAAGGAUGUGGUUCGGUAUGGCUGGUCCAGAAACUCGUUGAUGAAGUUUUGAAGCCGAAAUAUACAAAGGAUAUGGAGAAAGCAAUGGAUAUUAUUUUCGGUGUGAUGCAUUUAGACAUCGAGAAAAAUACAAUUGCCUUGUUGGAUUUUGUUUUGCCGAUGUUGCUUUUCAAUAAACAGCAGAAAAAACACAUUACUGACCCUCAAUCGCUAAUACUAGCUCGAUUAUGUGUCUAUUGUGUGAUUGCCUGCAUAGAUAGUCCAGGUUGCACUACAAAAAAGCGACAUCGCUCAGAUAAUGAUAUGGAAGAUGUUGAUAUGUGCAACCUUUCGAAAAUUCGUAAAUUAAAUGGAGACAAUGAUACCUGCAUAACUGAUUGCGUUCCGGAUGAAGUAAUGAACGAGGAGCCAUCCAUAUCAAUAGCACAGCCAUCGCUCUCGUUAGGUGAAUCGACUACCUCAAACAAAGAACCAGCAAUAACUAUACGAGAGCCUCUUCAAUCAAGUCUGAAAAACACCUUUAAAACGUUCUCCCACUUCGUUACCACAGAUGAGUUGUCGCCGCGGGUCUAUUUCAUAUUUCAAUUCAUAUCUCUGCUUGUGCAAAAUGGAAAAGACAGGAUAACCCCCAUUUUGCAAUUGAUACCAAAUACACUAAUGCAAAAUUUACUGAAAGUGAUGAUGACUGACGAUAUUACCAUAGGGUUAAUUUGCAGAGUUUAUGAUCUGCAUACAUCAAGCGGCAGACAGGCAGCAAUCACAGAUCUAUGUUUGUUACGAAAUAUUCGAUUAAGAAAAAGAAGCGUUAAAUUAUAAUUGAAGCAAUUAAAUGUUUUCAAAAGCACAAUAUUGCUAUAGUUUAAUUAUGUACUAAUCUAUUAUGUAUAGAACUUAUGCUCAUUUAAUAAAUAUUAUUUAGUAAAAUGUAAA